AUGGCCAAGCGGAAACAAACGCGAAAGUUUGCAGUCAUGAAGAAAACCCUUGCACUGACCGACUCUCGAAUUAAAAAAGUAGACAGAAAAAAAUUAAAAGAGGCAAAGAAGUCUACCUCAAACCACCUGGUCAUAAAAAAUCGCAGCGAGCUGAUUUCCUGUCUGAAAGACUCUUACAAUGAGGCUCUUGGUCCACCGUAUCACAUCCUUCUGGAUACGAACUACGUGAAUUUCACCAUAAAGAAUCGUCUGGACCUCUUUGGAUCCAUAAUGGACUGUCUUUUGGCAAAAUGCUUCCUCUACGUGACGGAAUGUGUGAUGGGUGAAAUUGAAAAAAUGCCGGAGCGCUAUCGCGUGGCCCUUAAAAUUCUCCGUGAUCCUCGAAUAGAGCGACUUACCUGUCAACACAGGGGCACCUAUGCCGACGACUGUCUGGUUGAACGUUGCGCCGCACGCUGUUACAUCGUUGCGACUUGUGAUCGUGACUUGCGCAGACGUAUUCGCAAAGUAACUGGUGUUCCAAUCAUGUACAUACACAACCAUCGGGUUACUGUAGAGAAGAUGCCAAUGGCCCUCGGGGCGCCAAAAAUAUAA